UUUCAGUAUUGUCCAGUCCCACCGUUCAUCCAGCUACUCAGAAAAGCACGCGUGGGCGAAGCCUACAACCCAGUGCGCUCGCGCAUGCUACCACCGUGUUGCGCGAGUGCUGGAAAUCAACACCUGCUUUGCGUCCAGCACGAAUUCAGCCUUCCGAGCAAAGUCUUUACGCCUCGAUUCCCUCGCUGCCAUCUCCGCUCUAUUUGAAUACAGCAAAGAGAAGGGCGCUCGCUGCAUUAUCUCCUCUUCCCGGUUCCAUCUGCUGGCGUUCGUUGUGAUUAACUGGGUUUCACAGGCUUCCCAUCAUGGGCUCGGUGGCAGAAGGAUCACUGCAGCCAUCCGAGCAGGCGCAAGAGUUGCCACCGAGCUCGCCAUCGAGUGCUUCGCCGCCUCGCAUUCGUUUCAUCGAUGCGGCAGAGGCAGCAUCCAUCGAUGAAAAGCUCAUGUCUGCAGAGGGAGGCUUCAGCAUCGACCAGCUGAUGGAGCUCGCUGGUCUGGCAUGCGCACAAACGGUCUAUGCGUGCUACCCGCCGGACCAGUUUCCCAGCGUGUUAGUUGCUGCGGGCCCAGGAAAUCAAGGCGGUGACGGACUUGUUGCUGCGCGGCAUCUGCACCAUUUUGGAUACGAUGUCAAGGUGUGCUACCCAAAGCAAGGAAAGACAGACCUGUUUGCCCGGCUCAAAAGGCAGCUCCAGAACCUUAAGAUCACCAUCGUUGGCGCCGAUGACUUUGAAGAUGCGUACGAGCAGACGGAUGUUAUGCUGGACUGCAUCUUUGGCUUUAGCUUCAAAGGGGAAGUGCGGCAGCCAUUCAAGGAUAUCAUCGGCCUCUGGAAGAACGAUUCGCUCGUGGAAUUCGAAUUCCGGCGACACCAGCCUCCGAUCGUCAGCGUGGACAUUCCAUCAGCAUGGGACGUAGAGAAAGGAAACGUCAACGGCAGCUUCACACCUCAGGUCUUGCUUUCGCUAUCAGCGCCAAAGCUCGGCAGUGCUGCGUUCGGCGGCCGACACUUUCUCGGUGGCCGCUUCAUCCCGGAUGAGCUGGAACGUGAGAUGGAUCUUCUCCUUCCGGACUUUGAGGCGGACUCGCAGAUUGUCGAGAUCACUGGUGCACACCCGCUCGAUCGGAAGGCUGUCGAGGAGCUGCGAGCAAGCAAAGAGUGAGACGGGCAAGCGCGCACAGAGUGAGGGCAUCGGUGGCGCCUUGACUUGUCUUCGGGAAGAAGACGGCUCGCUCCUGCAUCC